UCGUAGUGACUAGUCGCGUUAAAGUAAAUGUCGAAAAACGUGAUCAGUAAAAGUAUCCCCUAAAAUAAAACAUUAAAGUUUAAGUUAAUCUGUUGAAAUCAAGAUAAUUAAGAAUAAGUGCUUAAAAAAGCUGAAAUUGAAAAACACGCUUUUUCACCAGAACUAUUAAUAUAUUGAUAAGAAAAAGAAGUAAUUAAUCAACUAAUUAAUCAAUGUGUGUUCUCUUUUAUUAUUCAUAUGAAUAUCGUGAUAAGCAGUAAUCGCAUGACGAUUUUUUUUAACAAUUGCAUAAAAAAUAGCACCAAAAUUUAUUCAGUAUCAUCAUGGCUACACUGAUACAGACAUUCAUAGCAUGGUAUAGAUACCUUAAUGACGAGAUAGCGGAUCCACGUACAAAAGAUUAUUUUCUUAUUGGUACACCAUGGCCUGGCUUAACUUUGAUUGGAUUUUAUCUCUAUUUUAUAUAUAAUUUUGGACCGAGACUCAUGGAAAAAAGACAGCCUUUCACAUUAUACAGGAUAUUGCAAAUAUACAAUAUGAUACAAAUUUUAUUAAAUGGUUAUUUAUUAUACAAAGCAUCACCUUGGUUUAUAAAAUUUAAUUUCUUUUGCGAACCUAUCGAUUAUUCGGAUUCACCAAAGGCAAGGGAGAUCACCGUAUUGGUUUGGAAUUAUUUCAUAAUAAAGCUACUAGAUUUAAUGGAUACUAUCUUUUUCGUACUUAGAAAAAAGCAGAACCAAAUAACGUUUCUUCAUUUAUAUCAUCAUAUUGGCAUCCUAAUGGGUGCUUGGGGUGCCGUUAAAUGGUUGCCUGGUGGUCAUGUCACGGUCUUAGGAUACAUUAAUACAUUUGUUCACAUAAUAAUGUAUACGCACUAUCUGUUAGCAUCCAUGAAGAUAAACACAAGCUUAUGGAAAAAGCACAUCACUCAAUUGCAGCUGGUCCAAUUCUUCCUGAUCACUUUACACUUUUUACAACUAACCUGGGUGGAAAAUUGCGGUUUUCCACUAUGGCCGAUAUAUGUGAUGGUACCGCAGAAUUUGUUUAUGAUUAUAUUAUUUGGAGACUUUUAUUAUAAAGCAUAUAUCAAGAAAAAACCGGCAAUCGAAACAAAGAUGGAAAUAAACAGCAUCUCCACUGAACUCUCGAAUGGAAAACCGAAGGAACAAUAAAUUCGAAACACGUCUUGUCUAAUACCUAAUCUUUUCUGAUUUUAUUUUAUAUUUCACAUUUAAUUAAAUCUAAAAAUUAAAUAAGAGGUUUGUUUGUGUUGUUUGAAAUCUUCAACAACUUAAAACGAAAUAAAUAAACCUAUUGCUUGGGAC